AUGGAAGGCAUUCCAAUAGGGAGGAAACUCAACAUAUUAGUACAUAGAAACUACCGUGAGCUGGUGAAGACGUGGAAGCACAUGUUCAAUACCACCAUUCUCUGGAGUAGAGAGAUGGAUGAAAUUGUAGUUCAACCUGGUGAGAGAUGCCAUGUCCUCACUUAUGAAGACGAAGAAGGAGAUCUUGUUAUAGUUAGGGAUGUUCCUUUGGAGAUGUUUGUUUCCACUGUAAAAAGGUUGAAGAUCACAAGGGUAGCCACAUUCACUACCUCUUGAUAAUGCAAAUUUCUAUAUGUUUUGGAUUAAUUAGGUAGCUUCAGAGACACCACUGAAGUUUUCAAUUUUGUUCUUAGUACUACUACUAGUGUAGUCUUAAUUACAAGUGUUGAAUCAUCAAAACUAUGCACAAGUUAAGUCCUCAAUUAUAUAUAUUACAUGCAUAGCUUGCU